AUGGAAUAUAUUGACGAAUAUUAUGAGGAAGAAUUUUUAGAUUAUAUUGAAGAAGUUCAACCAGAAGAUGAGUAAGACAUUGAUUUCGAAGACAAAGACUUAGAAAAUUUAACAAACAAAAAAUAUAGACGCCCAGAAGUCGAUAGUUUAAAAAUAAACAAUUACAACGACAUUCAUUUUAUGCUUUUAGAUACUGAUUAUUACGUAAUAAACCAAGGCGAAUCAAUAAAAACAGGCGAAAAAGUCGAAGAUGUUCCCAAAGCACCCAUAAUCCGUCUAUAUGGAGUAACAAAAGACCAAAAUAGCAUAAUGAUUCAUGUAAAAGGGAAAGACCCAUAUUUAUAUAUAUAAAUUCCAAAAAACAUUUUAGUAAAUGAAAUGCUAUUAGAAAAUUUAAAAAAUGAAUUAAAUAAAUAAUCUAUAAAUAUGAGAAGUGUUAAAAGUAAAUACUUUAUAAAAAAAAUAGAAAUAACUGAAGGAGAAUCCAUUAAAAAUUUCAAAGGAAAAGAUUAUGAGAUAGAAACUUUUUUAAAAAUUUAUACUUUUUUGCCUGCUCAUGUAUCUACUUUAAGAGGAAUUUUUGAAAAAGGAUUUCAUUUCGAAUCUAUUUAAUUUCCAAGAACAUCUUUUGAGUCAAAUAUGCCGUUUUCUUUAAGAUUUAUGAUUGAUAAAGAUAUUGUGGGCAUGGGUUGGAUUAAUUUAAAGAAAAAUAUGUUCGAAAUAAGAUCUAUUGAUAAACAUAAAUCGAGAUGCUAGAUAGAAAUUGAUAUUCAUUAAGAUAAUUUGGAGGCUAUGGAUAUUAAUUUACCUGAAUGUAUAGAAAUUGCGCCUUUGAGAAUUUUCAGUUUUGAUAUUGAGUGUUAAGCAAAAGAUGGAGGAUUUCCUAAUGCAUAAAAGGAUCCUAUUAUUUAAAUAUCUACAGUUUUAAAAAUACAUGAUUAAUAAGAUGAUUUGGUUAAAACAGUGUUUACUAUAGGGUCUUGUUCUAAUAUUCCAGGAUGUAUAGUUAAAUCUUAUGAAAAAGAAGAAGAUUUAUUAAAAGAAUGGGAAAUUUUUAUGUAGUUUGUUGAUCCGGAUAUUUAUUUAGGCUAUAAUAUUAUUAAUUUCGAUUUUCCUUAUAUUUUCGACAGAGCGAAAAAAUUAAAUGUUAAUAAAGGAAAAUUUGGUUAUAUGGGAAGAAUAAAAACCACAAUAAGCAAAAUAAAAGAUGGAAAAUUUUAAUCAAAAGCAAUGGGAUUAAGAGAAACCAAAGAAAUAAAUUUCGAAGGUAGAAUUUAAUUAGAUAUGUUUAUCCAUAUGUAAAAAGAAUAAAAGUUAAGUUCAUAUAGUUUAAAUACAGUGUCUUACCAUUUUCUAAAUGAGCAAAAAGAAGACGUUCACCAUACCCAAAUAUCUGUCUUGCAAGAAGGGAAUUCCGAAACCCGUAAAAGAUUAGCGAUUUAUUGUUUAAAAGACUCCUAAUUACCUUUAAAACUAAUGUAAAAAUUAAUGUGUAUUUAUAAUUAUACUGAAAUGGCAAGAGUUACAGGAGUUCCCAUAAAUUAUUUAUUUGUAAGAGGUUAGUAAAUAAAAGUAGCCAGUUAAUUAUAUAGAAAAGCUAAAUUAUGUAAAAUGUUCAUUCCAACAGAGAGGUCUAAAGGAUAAGGUGAUAAAUUCGAAGGAGCUUUUGUAUUAGAACCAAAAAGAGGAUUUUAUUCAAAACCAAUUGCAACUUUGGAUUUUGCUUCUCUUUAUCCUUCCAUCAUGAUGGCUCAUAAUUUAUGCUAUAGUACAUUAAUAACUAGAGAUAUUACUUUAAAAAUGAAUAAGGAUGAUUAUACAGCAACUCCAAAUGGUGAUUAUUUCGUGAAACCACAUAUAAGGAAAGGAAUUCUUCCUGAGAUUUUAAAAGAACUUUUAAAUGCAAGGAAGAAAGCCAAAAACGACUUAACUUAAGAAACCGAUCCCUUAAAAAAAGCGGUUUUAGAUGGGAGAUAAUUGGCUUUGAAAAUUUCAGCAAAUUCAGUUUAUGGAUUCACUGGGGCUUAAUUGGGUUAACUUCCAUGUUUGUAAAUAUCUUCAUCCGUCACUUCAUUUGGAAGAAAUAUGAUUGAAGGUACAAGAGAUUUUGUAUUAGAACAUUUUAGUAAGAAAAAUGGUUAUGAAUAUGAUUCGGAUGUUAUUUAUGGAGAUACUGAUUCUGUUAUGGUUUAAUUUGGUGUUCCGACUAUUUAAGAAGCUAUGAAUUUGGGAAAAGAAGCGGCGUCAUUAAUCACGAAAAAACUUUUUAUAAAUCCAAUUAAGUUGGAGUUUGAAAAAGUUUAUUGUCCAUAUUUACUUAUUAAUAAAAAAAGAUAUGCUGGGCUUUAUUUCACUAAGCCAGAUAAAUAUGAUAAAAUAGAUACGAAAGGAAUGGAAAAUGUUAGAAGAGAUAAUUGCUAGAUGAUUAGGGAUAUUAUGAAUAAUUGUCUUAAGUAUGUUUUGGUGGAAUUUAAUAAUAAUGGGGUAGAAAAAGCUAUUGAAUAUAUAAAAGGAAUGGUUUCAGAUUUAUAUUAAAAUAAAAUUGAUAUUUCUAAAUUAGUUAUUACUAAAUCGUUAACAAAAAAAGCUUAAGAAGGUGAUGAUGAAGAUGAUGAAAAUGAGAAAAAAACAAAUAAAGAUUAAUAUAAAUCUAAAUAAGCUCAUGUUGAAUUAGCAAAAAAAAUGGCUUUAAGAGAUGCAGGAAGUGCUCCUAGUAUUGGCGAUAGAAUUCCUUUUGUUAUAAUUGCAGGUUCUAAAAAUGCAAAGAAUUAUGAAAAAGUUGAAGAUCCUAUAUAUGUGGUUAACCAUGACAUUCCUUUAGACUAUGAUUAUUAUAUAGAAAAAUAAAUAAAAAAACCAUUAAUUAGAAUAUUUGAACAUAUAAUGAAAAAUCCAGAUACUUUAUUUCAAGGAGAACAUACAAAAAUAAGAUAUUAGCCAAAAUUAAAUGCUGGACUAGGCUUAGGAAAAUUUGUUGUUAAAAAAGAAACAUGCCUUUACUGCAAAUGUCAAGUUCCUAAUAAAGAAGCUUUAUGCUAAAAUUGUGUAGGGAAAAAUAAUAAUAGGAUUGUAGAAAUAUAUACUGAAAAGUUAAUUAUGCAUUAGAGUAUUGAAUAUUAGUUUAACUAACUUUGGACAGAAUGUUAGAGAUGUUAAGGAAGUUUACAUGAUGAUGUUAUUUGUCAAAAUAGAGACUGUCCUAUUUAUUAUAAAAGAACAAAAACUUAAGGCGAUUUAAUGAGAUCUUAGGAAAUUAUUAAUAGAUUCUAGAAUUGGUGAUUAU